GUGGAGGCCCGAGCAAGCGCAUGGCUAGCUGUGGGAGGGGCCGAGUUUGCUGAUUGGCUGGAGAUCCAGCCAAUGGGUGCUCUUGGGAGGGGGGAGACGGGAUAGGCGGUUUGAGCGCGCGGGAGAACGGAGGAGUGUGGUGUUGUGGUUGGAGGCGCCUGGGAUGAAGGCCUGUCUGGUGUCCAUUUAGUCUAAGGAAUUGGGACAGUUGCUGAGCCAUGGCCUUGGCUCCCGGGAAAGCCUCAGAGCUCAAGCAGAUCAUUCACCAGCAGCUGACCAAGAUGGAUGUCCACAGCAGGGUCCGAGAAGUCCUUGCUGAGACUAUUCGUGAAGAACUGGCACCUGAACACCAGCAACUCUCAGAAGAACAUCUAAUGAAAGCCCUGAUACGGAGAGGAAUCAUUGAUGAUGUUAUGAAAGAACUCAGCUUUGUAACUGAUAUGAACAGUGGUGAAAUAAGUUCACCUCCAAAACCUUCAACACACUUCAUUGAUACACAACCAGCGGUGCUGAAAAAAACAAAUAUUGACCCAACACGGAGGUAUCUUUACCUUCAGGUUCUGGGUGGGAAAGCUUUUCUGGAACAUCUGCAGGAACCAGAGCCUUUACCUGGUCAAACUUGUUCUACUUUCACCCUCUGUUUACAUUUUCGAAAUCAACGUUUCCGCUCUAAACCGGUGCCAUGUGCCUGUGAACCAGAUUUCAGUGAUGGCUUUCUACUUGAAGUAUAUAAGGAUACCUUAGGUGAAGGAAGUAAAAUGGUGGAUGCAACCACUAUGCUUUCAAUAUGUGAUCCAGUGCACAUUGUCUUGAUCAAAACAGAUACAGCUGGUGAGACAACAUUAGUUGCCUCUUAUUUCUUAGAGUGGCGGUCAGUCCUGAGUGCAGAGAAUAAGAUAACAAAUAUUGCUGUUGAACUUCUGGGUGUAGGUUCAGAAUCAAAGGUUUCAGUGGGAGUACUGAACAUCAGACUCGAAAUGUACCCAAAACUAAAUAAGAUACUUUCUCAGGAAAUAGUCAGUACUCAACUUGCUUUAGAACGCCAGAAAACAGCAGAAAAAGAGCGCUUAUUUCUUGUGUAUGCUAAACAAUGGUGGAGGGAAUACCUGCAGAUCAGGACCUCACACAACACAAGGCUAGUCAAAAUUUUUGCACAGGAUGAGAAUGGGAUAAACAGACCAGUGUGCUCCUAUGUUAGGCCACUUCGAGCUGGCCGUAUCUUGGAUACCCCGAGGCAAGCAGCAAGAUUUGCCAGUGUGCUCGGUUAUGAAAGAGCUCCUGUUAUUGGUGGGGGAAAUAGUAAACAAGAACAAUGGUGUACCCUUCUGGCUUUUUUGUGUAGAAACAAGGGCGACUGCGAAGAUCAUGCUAACCUUUUAUGCAGUCUUCUGCUAGGUUUUGGGCUGGAAGCUUUUGUCUGUGUAGGAACAAAGGCUAAAGGAGUUCCUCACACGUGGGUUAUGACUUAUGGGAUUGAUGGAAUGGUCACUUUUUGGGAGAGUUUGACAGGACAUAGGUAUAUUCACAAUCCUAUUAAGCCUGAUGAUCCUCCAAUUAUUGAACAGCCCAAGCCAGCGUAUCCUUACCGAACCAUAGGUUGCCUCUUCAAUCACCAAAGGUUUCUGGCCAACUGCCAGCCUUCUGAUGCUGUAGAACUAUGUGUCUUCGAUUUGCAUGAUGAAUCUAAAUGGAAACCAAUGAGCGGAGAAGCCAUCAAAUCGGUGUGUUCUCCAGGAGCCACGACUGCGCUUCCACCUUUUCCUCCGCUCUGUGCUUCAGUAAUAGAUGCUGCUGCAGCAAGCAAUGAACUGGAAUUGCAAUUGAGGAUAUUAGUGGCAGAACACAGGAAGGAUCUUGGUUUGGCAACAGUUUGGGACGACCAGCUAUCUUAUCUUUUGUCCCCAGCCUUGGCAGCCUAUGAACUUGAACGUACCACAGGCGUUUCUUCUGGAAAUGAAGAGUUUCAAGAUGCUAUCAGGAGAGCAGUCCCUGAUGGCCACACAUUCAAAGGAUUUCCUAUCCAUUUUGUGUACAAAAAUGCAAGAAGAGCGUUUGCAGCAUGUCUUCGGUCUCCUUUCUGUGAAGAAAUACUGUGUUGUCGAGGGGACCAAGUGCGGCUUGCAGUUCGUGUCCGAGUAUUCACAUACCCUGAAUCUGCGUGUGCUGUUUGGAUCAUGUUUGCUUGCAAAUAUCGUUGUGUACUCUAAGAAAUCACUCAACUGUUUCACUGAAUUACUGCUAAGACAAGCAAAGUCCCAAAGACUCAGGCUCAAAUACAGCUCUGUGCAGUACUGAUGGAUGACUCAUAUCCUAUAUUUGAACACAAUAAUUUGCAAGUAAAUUGCAUUGAUCUCAGAGGAAUUUAUUUGUAAGUGUGCUGGGGAAUUAUAUGUUAUUGUGUCUAUUUGAAGGCAAUGCUGAAAUAGCACUGAAGAACAUAAUGGUGUGCUUUUGAUAAACAGGUACAAUAAUGAGCAUUGGCUGGGAGAUUCUGUCUAAUGUAUCAUGAAACAAGUGUGUAUAAAAUGUAAUUAAUAUAUUAUAAAUAAAUAAAUAUUUAUUUUUAAAAACUUGUUUUAAUAAAAAUAAAUAAUUAAAAAGAC